AUCCUCAGUCGGAGAUAAACGGUCGACGACGUCGAGACACUCUUCGGUGGUGCUUUCGCGGGAAUAUCAGCAUAGUUUCGCAGAACUUGGCGCCGUGUCGGUUCCGGGCUGUUUUUGUGGCUGUUUCUCCUCGGGGGGAUAUCUGUGUGCGUGCGCGUACGUGCUGCGGUGCGGUGCAGUGUUCGUGAAAUCAUUUCAUCUGCUGUACUGUGAGUCUGUCAGGUGAAAGAAGAAGAAAACGCGACACUUAAUGGACCAGAAAUGUAAAGUGUCAGAGAGUGUAGUGUGAAUUUUCUUUGAAAUUUGAGGAAUUUCUGGUCCCCGGAUUGUACGGUUUUGUUAUUCGCGGUGGAGAGGAUUUGAAGUGCGUGGCGUGCGUGUGUUAUUUGAAGGAAUGAUCGUUCGUUUUGCCACUGGAGGCCGAAGAUGUAGGUAGUGAAAGAGAUUAAUAUCCUGGUUUAGGAGGGGUGGUGGAAAAGCAGGUGUGGUGUGCUGUGAUUUUACGCAAACGGGAGCGCUAGCCAGAAGGCUCCGAAGUGUGUGGUGUGCGCUUCGCCCCCGGGGGAAGUGGCUGAGAGUGGCUUACAUUUUGGAAACGGAAACGGAUUUGUGAUGCGAUUUGCUUCGUGCUUGAAACUGCUCGCCGUCGGAAGCUGGAUGCUACUGGCUGUGGCACCGAGCGCGGCCCUGCCCGACAUCAUCCGGAUCGGCGGUCUCUUUCAUCCGGACGACGACCACCAGGAGAUUGCGUUCCGGUAUGCGGUAGAUAAAAUCAACUCGGACCGCACGAUUCUGCCGCGGUCCAAACUGCUGGCCCAGAUCGAACGCAUCUCGCCCCAGGACAGUUUUUUGGCAUCGAAACGAGUUUGUCACUUGUUUCGAGUCGGUGUGGCCGCCAUCUUUGGACCACAAUCGUCCCACACGGCUAGCCACGUGCAGAGCAUCUGCGACACAAUGGAGAUUCCACAUCUGGAAACGCGCUGGGAUUAUCGGCUGCGUCGCGAAAGCUGCCUGGUAAACCUGUAUCCCCAUCCGAGUACCCUUUCGAAGGCCUACGUAGAUCUGGUGGCGGCCUGGGGCUGGAAAUCGUUCACCAUCAUCUACGAGACGAACGAAGGACUGGUACGGAUGCAGGAACUGCUGAAAGCGCACGGACUGGCCGAGUAUCCCAUCACCGUCCGACAGUUGAGCGAUUCCGGCGAUUACCGUCCACUACUGAAACAGAUCAAAAACUCAGCUGAGUCGCACAUCGUUCUCGAUUGUACGACGGAGAAAAUCUACGAUGUGCUAAAGCAGGCCCAACAGAUCGGGAUGAUGAGCGACUAUCACAGCUAUCUGAUAACAUCGUUGGAUUUACACACAAUCAGUCUGGACGAGUUCAAGUACGGGGGAACGAACAUCACCGCCUUCCGGCUGGUUGACCCAGAAAGCCCAGAAGUAGCCCAAACCAUCCACAACUGGACGGCCGGUGAAGCUCGGCUGGGGAAAAAGAUUGAUUUCAAAAUGACGGAAAACGUGACCGUAAUAAAGGUGGAAACCGCCCUAAUGUACGACGCCGUGCACCUGUUCGCAAAAGCGCUGCACGAUCUGGACACCAGCCAGCAGAUCGACAUCCACCCGUUGUCCUGCGAUACCCAGGAUACCUGGCCCCACGGUUAUAGUUUGAUAAAUUACAUGAAAAUCGUUGAAAUGCGUGGUCUGACAGACGUGAUUAAGUUUGACCACCAGGGCUUCCGGUCGGACUUCGUGCUGGACAUCGUCGAGCUGGGUGGACAGGGGUUACGCAAGAGUGGCACCUGGAACUCGACUUCCGGGGUCAAUUUCACGCGUAGUUACGGCGAACAGCAGAAGGAAAUUGUGGAAAUCCUCCAGAACAAGACGCUCAUUCUGACGACCAUCCUGAGUUCGCCGUACUGCAUGCGGAAAGACUCGGCGGAAAAGUUGACCGGAAACUCGCAGUUCGAGGGCUACGCCAUCGAUUUGAUUCAUGAGAUUUCCAAGAUACUGGGUUUCAACUACACGAUCCGGUUGGCACCGGAUGGUCGCUACGGCAGCAACAACAAAGAGACUGGCGAGUGGGACGGCAUGAUUAAGGAACUGUUGGAGCAGCGGGCCGACCUGGCCAUCGCCGACCUCACCAUCACCUUCGACCGGGAGCAGGUGGUGGAUUUUACGAUGCCGUUCAUGAAUCUGGGCAUUUCCGUGCUGUACCGGAAACCGGUGAAACAGCCUCCAAACCUGUUCUCCUUUCUCUCGCCGCUGUCGCUGGAUGUUUGGAUCUACAUGGCCACCGCUUAUCUAGGCGUUUCCGUGCUGCUGUUCAUCCUGGCGCGCUUCACCCCGUACGAGUGGGAAAAUCCACAUCCAUGCAACUCGGAACCCCCCUUCCUGGAGAACAGUUUCACCCUGCUUAACUCGCUCUGGUUCACGAUCGGGUCACUGAUGCAGCAGGGCUGCGAUAUUGCCCCCAAGGCUGUCUCGACGCGGAUGGUAGCCGGAAUGUGGUGGUUUUUUACGCUGAUCAUGAUCAGCUCGUACACUGCCAACCUGGCCGCAUUUCUGACCGUCGAACGGAUGGAUUCACCGAUCGAGAGCGCCGAAGAUUUGGCGAAGCAGACUAAAAUUAAGUACGGAGCCUUGCGAGGCGGUAGCACGGCUGCGUUCUUUAGGGAUUCAAACUUUUCCACUUAUCAGAGGAUGUGGUCGUUCAUGGAAUCGACGCGGCCGUCGGUUUUCACCGCCAGCAACAUCGAGGGCGUCGAACGGGUCGUCAAAGGAAAGGGUAGCUACGCCUUUCUGAUGGAGUCCACCUCGAUCGAGUACGUUAUCGAGCGGAACUGCGAGCUGACUCAGGUCGGCGGAAUGCUUGAUUCCAAGGGAUACGGGAUUGCGAUGCCGCCGAAUUCACCAUUUCGUACUGCCAUUAGUGGAGCCGUCCUGAAGCUACAGGAGGAAGGCAAGCUUCACAUCUUAAAAACACGCUGGUGGAAGGAAAAGCGGGGUGGAGGUUCCUGUAGGGACGAGACGUCUAAAUCUAGCUCAACAGCCAACGAACUUGGUCUCGCCAACGUGGGUGGAGUUUUCGUCGUUUUGAUGGGAGGAAUGGGCGUGGCUUGCGUGAUUGCCGUGUGUGAGUUCGUGUGGAAGUCUCGAAAAGUAGCCGUCGAAGAGCGGGAACCCUACCAGAAAAAGCAUCCCAAAGAGUGCAGAUUCGACUGAACGCGCCAAAUUUUAGGGUCCACAAGCCGUCAGAAACAAUCGCAUCCUACAUUUGCUUCACUGUUCGAUAACAAUAGAUUUAAAGAGAAGGGUUAUAUUUUUCUAGCCCCUUGCUCUCGAUUGAAGCAACCUUUGCUCAGUUACGAAGACAAGCACGCGCUGUCAGACGCUUGAUGGCUGCUUAGUGGUUACUUGGAUCACUCGAAUUCUAAGCAUUUUUAGCUUGUGCCAAACAUCGCAUCUUCAUCCCGAAGAAGUUCAACCAGACCCCGCCAUAUUCUAAGCUUACUUUCUUCGAAUAUUUUUCGCCAGAAGCAGCAGCUAUACUAGAAACCACUCCAAAUUGAAAAAAAACAUACACACACAACAAAACCAAACAAACAACCCUUUCCAACAAAAGCCCUUCCGUCAACACGAAAUCCAAAAUGUAUUGUGUGGCGAUUUUUCUUCUCUUCUCACCAUCAUCAUAUGAACACCACAAUCACAACAACCACCGACAACAACAAUAACUACACACAAAAUCGAAAAACAACUUUCUGGACGACUGGCAACGCGGACGCACAGGAGAUUUCCCUCUGCUCGGAGAUGGCCAGCGAGUUGCGCUUCGCACUGAAACGCAACCGCUCGAAGGGACCAACAACGACCACGGCCACGGCCACGAAUUCGCGAGCUUCGCCAAAGGAUUCCGAGCCGUCGUCCGAGCAUCGGUUCCACCCGCUCGGACCACCCUACGGUCAGUACGAAUUCGUCGACGCGAAGUAAUGGUCGGCUAAAUUCAGGAAAUUUUUUUUCGGUAUAACCUUCCCGCUACUGUGCUGUUUCUUAGCACAACAUAUUCACCACUGCUUGUUACACUUACCACUCCAAUCGAAGUAACCGAAGACAAGCUGUCAAAACCACGAUUCACUAGUGAAAUUAAUCCAAACAAGAGUUACAGAUUCAUUCUAAAAGUGUUGUUUCUUUUCUGGCUGAUGCAAAAUUCGAACGAAAAAUAUAAAACAAAACAAAAACAUCAGGGUGUUGAUGUAAUUAGAAUCUUAAUGUAGCCCCCCAUUAACAAACCAAAAACGCGAGGGAAAAAAAAAUAAAACAGCAUUUUCCAUUCCUCUUGAAACGAAACAUAAACAUAUACCUACAGCAGAAGAGAAAAGUCCUAAAACGCAGGCAGAAAAGUGAUUCAAAGCGAAUGUACACAAGUUUUUCUUUCAACUUUGUAAACAAAAUAAAGAGAGACAGAGAAAAAAACCA